CAGGAAGGGUGUAGACGCACUGGCAGAGUGUGGAGACAGAUAACGAAACCGUCGUUUGUAUCUCGGUGGCAUGAAGAUCGAUAUCCCUCCGGCUGUGUAUUGAUCCGUGGACAUGGAGAAGCUGAUCGGGUAUUUUGUGCUGUCUGUGGCGGUGCUGCGCGCAACCGUAACCGGAGAUAAGGUGACGGACAAGUACUUCGAGGACGGUGGUAGCCUCGAACUCGAAGUGAGGCCUCCUCACCCCGAGACCAUCAAAAACAUCCUGUGGAAGUGUGAUGGUAAUCUGAUGGCCGAGUGGUAUGACGUCAUUGUCCCAUUGGAGUUCUACGGCCGCUACAAUGGACGCACAACCCUGGAAACAAAGACUGGACGAUUGGUCAUCAAUAACAUGACCAAAGCCGACAUGGGCCUGUAUUCAAUGGAGAUCAACAGCAAGGUCCAGAAUGAGAUCUACAGAGCUAAAUUGAUCAGUAGAGUCCCCAAGCCAGUGGUGGAGCUGAGAACAAAACCAUGCAGGGAUACUUCAGAGUUUUGUAAGGUGAGCUGUGAAGCAUACCUCAUAGACGCCCGACCCGUCACCUACAGCUGGAAGAUUGGAGACAAAGACUGGGAAGAGUCGGAGGGAAAGGACAGGAAUAUCACCAAGACUGAGAUUAAAGGAGACAAGACCAUCACCUGCAAGAUAACUAACCCGAUCAGUAGUGAUGUUAGUAACCCUGUUGACAAUUCGCUCUUCAAGGAGGAAAUAAACAAAGAAACUGUGGGGGAUAUUGUGCUGUUCUCAUUUGUGGGUGUGUGUGUGUGUGGGUUUUAG